CUGGGUUUAAUACUGAUACAUACAGAUACAGUGACGAAAAAUACAGAGAGGUCCUUCUCCUUCCGAGUACAAGCAACCAUGGAUUUCUCUCCCCUUUCAGACGCCUUAGCCUCCAAAUCGUAUGGAAAGAUCGCCGAUAUCUGCGACCAACUCAUGCUUCAGGUCGCAGCGGAGGGCGUUGCUUUUCAGGACGAAUGGCCCUACGCCAUUCAUCUUCUCGGUCUCAUAUACGCGGGCGAUAUUAAUGGUGCACGGUUUCUUUGGAAAUCAAUGCCUGUUGCAGUCAAAGAGAGCAACCCGGAAGUUAUCGCUGCUUGGAAAAUUGGUCAAAAGUUGUGGGUGAGGGAUUACGGGGGUGUGUAUGAAGCAAUUCGGGGAUAUGACUGGAGUCAGGAAGCUCAAGGUCUUGUUGCAGCCUUUUCAGAUCUUUACACAAAGAAAAUGUUUCAGCUUCUGCAGUCUGCUUAUUCUACAAUAAGCAUCCAAGACGCAGCUGUCUUCUUGGGGAUGAGCAAGGAUGAUGCCACAACUUAUGUACUACAGCAAGGUUGGGUCGUCGACCCUGCUUCACGAAUGCUUACCGUGAAGAAGCAGCCUAUUGUUACAGAGCAGAAACUGGAUGCGAGUAAAUUGCAGAACUUGACAGAAUAUGUAUUCCAUCUCGAGCAUUGAAGGAGUUUACUAAGUUUCCGAAGCUGUAAACCGUCUUCUCGAUCAGCUGUCAACUUAGAUCAUGACUUAGUGAGUAAAUAAUUUCAGGAUUUCAGGUUUUAUAUAUGUGCAAGCCACUUUUUCGCACGUCUUCUCUGUCGGUAUAUUUUUUGCUAAGGCUACAAGUCAUUUGGAGUUGGUUCCCAAGGUUAUGCACAAACAAGUUCGUACCAUCAUACUAAGUCAUUUUUCGUCGGCCCCCAA